GAGUUAUGUGCCCUUAGGUCAAGGAGCGUAAAAUGGCCGUUUAGGAGUCCGAGGAGACGUUUAAUCAUGACAUGAUCGUAGCUGAUGAAUGCUGUUGCUGUCGUCGCCCUUUACGUCACCCUGGUGUUGAUGGUGUCACGUGAUGUCCAUCCAGCCACGCCUUGUCCCCGGUCCUGCAUGGUAGAUGUUCAGGUGCUCUCCUGUCGCCGACUGAUCACCAAGGACCUUCCAGUCUUGGGGUCCUGUGUGGAGGAUCUGCCACUAAUAGCAGUUGUAGAUCUGAAAUACAACAAAAUCACCUGUUCUUGUGAAUUCCUGAAACUGUCAAAGGCAUUGCUACAGUCAAAGAUUAUCUUGUUCCAUUCCACCAAAUGCUCUUCAAAAAUAAUCAAAGGCUGCCACGCUGGUCAGUAUAACAGUACACGUCAUGGCGGCAGCUACUUCCACGUGGCAGGGGCAUUGUUCAACGUUGGAUCAUCGAAAUGGCGUCGUAGAUUUGACCGUCACUACAAAAAACUGUGGAACAUUUUAACCCGAAUUGAAGACGCGGGUACUCGUCAUUUCUAUCUGGUUAGGCUUAUGGGAAUUAUACGUAAAAUGGAAUGGAGAAUGGACAAGAAAGCAUUCAAAGCAGAGCAAAGUCUGAAAGGAAGUGAUAACCCCAAAGGGACGAAUAGCUCCUCAAAAAUUGAGAAAAACAAGUUCGUCUCUCACAACCUGGUGCAGGAAGGGGAUGACUCACGGAAAGCCAAGGUCGUUAUCUUCAGCAGCAUCAUCGGAGCCGCUGUUCUCAUCGCCCUCGUCAUUCUCAUCUGCAAGCUUGAGUCGGACAGACGCAUAAUGCUGAAAGCUCAUCCCAUGGGUGACCUGUACGUGGACCCCAAGCUGCAGACCCGGAUAUGGAGCUGGCGAAACUUUCUCACAAAGCUGCAGUGUUACAAGCGUGACAAGGCGGAACAGGCAUCCCGCCUAAACGCCAAAUCUCAGUCAACAGGACGCGUAUUUGUCCAGCAGUCCAAGGUCGAACCCAGAGGACAGAUCCUGGUGCAGGAGAAUGGCCCGGCUGCAGCAGUGACCUCCCUUACCAAGAUGAUACCACAACAACCCUUUCUGUCCUACAGUCACACACACCAAGCCGGGUCGUCACGUUCUUUGUCUCAUCAAAGUGGAACCAGCUUUGGUUCGUCCAGGUUUGAACCAAUAGGACUCAGCUCCCAGGAACCAAGUUCGGAUGCACUGUGCGGGGAGUCUACCCACUCCAAGCAGUCAUUAAGUGCAGCAGAGGAACUUGAAGCUCCACUGAUUGCCCAGAGGAUUCGGUCAACCGGCGGGGGAUACAGCGAUGAGAAUAUCCCCGCUUCAGUGGAGGACAACCUAAAUAUUGACUGACAUCCGAGCUCUACGCGUCCCAACUAGACUCCAUAUGCAGCGCACUCGCUGAUGAGUAUCGGGACCGGACAUCCGUGAUGGCCCUGAGCAGAAAUAGUUUUCCGUGAUUUUGUAGAAAUGUAAUAUGUUGAUAAUGAAACGCAUUACGGAUAUAAACUGGGCACAAAAGUAAAUGUA